CGGGUGUGCAUUUGGACCCUUGUGGUAUACACACCGACAGGGUUGGACUGAAUGGCCAGCAAAGAUGAUACGGUCUUUAAAAACACAAGGGGUUCUGCAGGCCCUGAGCAACAACACAAGAUAGCAGAAAAACUCAGCUAGUUUUCGGAUGAGACCUUUCAAAGUUCAAACAACUGACAAGAUUUGCAGAGUCUAUGGAAAUGAGGCUGCCUGGCCUGCUGAGUUCCUCCAGCUUUUUCUGUGUUGCUCGGAUUUCCAGCAUCUGCAGAUUUUCGCGUUUGCAGAAUCUCAUGUAGGUAUGAUCUUUAAAAAGUUGAGUGAUGAUUAGUUUAGCGGAGUAAGAGACCGGAGUGAUUUGUAUGAACUUGGAAAACGUGCUGUAUGGAUGCUGUAGAAUCAGGAGGGCUGGCUGUGUGCACAAACUACCGAGAAAGCUCAAGAUCCGGAACGGGAGCGGCUAGGGCGAUUGCAGAGAGUGUUCGGAGCCUGGUCACUGGGAAAGCUGGGUCACGUAGGGCGUGCUCUGCGGCUUUUCCACCCGGGGGCCGGGCCGGGGCGGGGUUUGCGGUGGUCAUGCCGGUUCCGCGUUCCGCGUUCCGCCGCCGCAGUCUCUCACUAUGGCCACCAGCUGUACUCGUUUGACCGGGGAUCUGUGCUCGCAGGUUCUGGACUCGGUGGACGCGCUGCUGUUCGACUGCGACGGGGUGCUGUGGAAAGGGGACAGCAUGAUCCCCGGCGCGGCGGCGCUGGUAAACAGGCUGCAAGAGCGGGGAAAGCUGGUCUUCUUCCUGACGAACAACAGCACCAAGAGCCGAGAGAUGUACGUGGAGAAGCUCCAGCGCCUGGGUUUCCAAGCGCACUGCGAACAAGUAUUCGGCACUGCGCCUUGUGCUGCCUUGUACCUGCGCCAGGAGGCCAAACUCAGCGGCUCCGUCUAUCUGAUCGGCGGCGCGGCCCUGCGCGGGGAACUGCAGGCCCAGAACAUCGCCUGCUCCGACUCGGGCCCUGGUCCUGGGCUUGUGCAGGCAAUGGCGACCGAGCCCCUCGACCCCACUGUGGCCGCAGUGCUCAUUGGCUUCGACGAACAUUUCACGUACACAAAGCUGUGCCGGGCCUCCCGCUACCUGCAGGAUCCCGCCUGCAUCUUCCUAGCCACCAACACUGACACCCUGCUGCCUUUGGAGGGCGGCGGGAUUCCGGGGACAGGAUGCUUGGUAAAGGCAGUUGAGGCAGCAUCAAAACGCACUGCUUACGUCAUCGGCAAGCCCAAUGAUUUUAUGUUCAAGUGUUUGAUGAAAGAGAAUGGUAUUGACCCAAGCAGGACGGUGAUGGUGGGAGACCGGCUGGAUACUGACGUUCUCAUGGGCACUAGUUGUGGCCUCCGCACCAUUCUGGCCCUAACUGGGGUUUCCACCCUGGAAGAAGUGAGGGCCCAUCAGGAAAGUAAUUCCCCAGAACGGCACAAGUUGGUCCCAACUUACUAUGUGAAUAGUGUGGCUGACCUAUUCCCAGGACUUGAAUGACAGCUCAGGGCCUGCAGCGAUGUACUGUACAAUCAAUUAAAACUCAAGUACAAAAACAAAUGUUAGCUUUGUUCAUAGUUUAAGUGAUUGCCUAUAAAGAUUGUUCUAUUUUUGUUAUGAAUGUGAAAACAGACUUCUAACUGCCAAGCUUUGUAGUUGUGUUUGAUUUGGUUAUAGAACAAAAUAAGGAGAUCACCAGUUCUGUUCGCUAGGGUACAGAAAUGCUGGUCUUUCUGUAUCUUAUCAGUUGAAAAUAAAAUAUUUCUGUG